CAGACAAGACGACGCCGAUUUUGGCAAUAAAACAUUAAAAAACAUUAAAAUAAAACAUUAAAUAUAAGUAAAAAGUUAAAUAAGUCAUUUUGUGCGUGAGUGGCAAAGGCACGGCGACUUGCAAACGAGCAAAUAUCACAUACUUCUCCUCCAAAACUCCCACAAUAUGCAGCAAUCCGUGCAGGCGACAAAUGCGGUUUCUGGCGGGGAUGCGCUGCUCCCACUGCGCGCCUGCAGCACAGCCGGCUGCAAAGUGGCCACCGUUGUGGACAAGACCAAGCGGAAGUGCUCCCAGUUCGUCUCCGCGCCUUACAUAAUGCCCAAGCCACUGGUCGUCAACGGGCACACGUCGGUCUUCCAAGUAGGCGGCGAGAUGGCCAAAAUGGGCGACAUUCCAGCACUUUCCCACUUAAGCGGAGGCGAAGGUGGUCAACCCAUCUUUCGGAUAAAGCCGGGAACCCAUGCCCAUGUCAUCAACUAUGUGCUCAUCGAUGAGGGAUCCGAUUCGCUGGAGAAGGCCAGAUCCGGUGACCAGGAGGCAAUGCGGCUGCUGUUGGAAUCGCAGCGCGACAGUGCUGUUACCAAGCUGCAGAAGCUCAUCGCCAAUCACCGGGGCAUGCAGCCCUCGAUCAUCGCCACCCAUUCCUCGCCAGCGCCAGCUCGUCCUGUGCCCGCAAUCUCAACUCCUGGAGGCACUUCCGUAGCCAGUGGCCAUGUGACCACUCCCCAAAUCCAUCCUGACUUCUCCAUUGCCAGCGUGGAGGGAGCAGUUCCAUUUUCCCGAGCAGCUCCGGCUUCCCUGGUGAACACUUCCGCUCCAGCUCCUUCGGUCGCUUCAUCAGCUGCUAGUGCACUACCAGUCGACAACGUGGAUCGCCUUCAGGCGGAGCUCAUCGAACUGCGACGCACGGUGGCCCGGUUGGAGGAGGGUCGCCGCUAGAUUACAAUAGUUCCCUUUUCCGGGAACAUACUUAAGUUCAACCAAAUACGCCUAAGACAAAAUUAUAGCCCCCUAAAUAUUUCUAAUCUAAGCAUAUGAGACCUUGAUUAUUCAAAUAAAAUGUAUAUUUCGUAA